GCAAGCGAUUGUAAGCGAGUGACAUUCGAGGCCGACGACGUCGCAUUCCUAAAGUAGCCGCCGGCAGGAAGCCGAGAGGACGAAUCCACGUUUUAGUCACAAGCUAUGCGUCAUAAGCAAAGAAAACGGGAGGAUUUAUCCGAAAAGGGAACUUCCACAGUGGCUCCUGUUACUGACUUUAGUCAGGGAUGAUUGCAAGAUUCGUGGAAAGAUAUAAUACCCACCCGCUUCUCUCUUUGCCCGGUCUCACUUCCUUUCUUUCCCCCCAAUGUCCACACGAGCCUCCAGUUUUGACGAUACCCGGACGCUCCAGCCCGACCAACAACUACCUGAGGCUGUCGAGCCAAUACAAGUUCAACCAUCUUCAGAAAAGGAAAAGAAUGGCGUUGAUCCAUUUCUUGUCACUCUUGACCCCUCCGAAGACCCACAGUAUUGGUCGGUACUGCAUAAAUGGUUUGUGACUAUCCUAGGUGGUAUCCUGGUGCUUAACGCAACAUUCGCGAGUUCAGCACCGUCUGGCAUUGUUGAACAAGUUAUGAAAGAAUACAACAUGUCAACGGAGGUUGCAACUCUCAUGAUAUCCUUGUUUGUAGCAGGAUACUGUGUAGGGCCUAUCAUUUGGGGACCUCUCUCUGAAGAGUUCGGUCGUCGACCCGUCUUCAUUGUGGCAUUCAUUGUCUAUGUGGGCUUCCAGAUCGGGAUGGCGCUGGCUAAAAAUACCGCCUCGCUGCUCGUUUUCCGCUUUAUAGGAGGAACCUUCGCUGCCUGUCCUUUGACGAAUUCUGGGGCCAUCAUUUCUGAUAUAUGGGAUGCCCGAACCAGGGGAAAGGCUCUUGCCAUAUUCACGGUAGCUCCGUUUGCCGGACCCGCCUUAGGACCUACAGUCGCGGGAUUUAUAUCUGUAGCAGGUGUCUCCUGGCGUUGGCUUUUCUGGGUCUUAACCAUCUUCGCUGGAGUUUGCUGGAUAUUAAUUAUCGUGGCAAUUCCGGAGACGUAUCGCCCCGUUCUUCUGGUCCAAAAGGCGAAGAAAAUGAGGAAAGAAACGGGCGAUGAUAGAUAUUAUGCGCCAAUGGAAAGAGACACGAAAACGUUAGCCCAGCAAGUUGAGCACGUUCUCGCCAGGCCUUUCAAGAUCCUUUUCCAGGAGCCCAUGCUUAUGGCUAGCACACUAUAUCUUAGCUUCGUCUACGGAUGUCUUUACCUUCUCUUUGAAGCAUAUCCCAUCGUCUUCACCGAGGGUCACGGUUUCAACGCCGGCGUUUCUGGCUUGAUGUUCUUACCCAUCAUGUUAGGUGGUGUUACAGCUGUCAUCGGGUACCUCUUAAUUUGGAACCCUCGUUACGAGAAGGAAAUGGCUCGAUGCGCUCCGGAUCCCGUGGCACCAGAGUACCGUUUGCAUAUGGCCAUUUACGCAUCGCCGCUGUUUGCCGCGUCAUUCUUUUGGUUUGGUUGGACCUCGUUUCCAUCGAUAUCAUAUUGGGCACCAUUAAUGGCCGGAUAUGUUAUGGGCUUUUCCAUUAGCUGGAUAUUUUUGAGUUUCUUCAACUACAUCAUUGAUACGUACUUGAUGAUUGCUGCUUCGGCACUUGCUGCGAACACUGUGUGUCGUAGUCUGUUUGGUGCAGCUUUCCCCCUAUUUGCUACUCAAAUGUAUACUGCUCUCAACCCUCGUUGGGCAUCAUCACUUUUGGGAUUUGUCGCGCUCGCUAUGGUGCCGCUGCCUCUAUUAUUCAUAAAAUACGGUCAUAUUCUUCGAAUGAAGUCCAAGUACGCACCAACGAAAAGACUACCGGCAACAUGUCCAAAAGAGUCGGAUAAGACCGCUGCUUGAACUUCACGAUUCAUGACUUUAUUUUAGCAUAUAUUAUUACAUCUAUCUCAGUUUGGUUUCCCUCACAACUAUGUAUUUUUACACAUUUACGAUCUUUGCACUAUAUUAGCUGGUAGAUAGUUCAUGAUGCACUACAUAUACAUACCACUCAAAUAAUCACUUGGACAGCUGAAUACAACAUGAUGAUGCAAUGUCGAUUAUGUGAUGCGAGCGAACUUUUUAGUUGCCG